UCGCAUCGCACCAGUCUUUACUUUGCACAGAAUGAAGGCUUUCGUGCUCUUGUCUCUUGCCUUGGUGGCGGCGGUCAACGCGCAAUGGGACAUCAAUACUGUUGAUGGCCGCAGCGUCAUGGUCCACCUUUUUGAGUGGAAAUGGGGUGACAUUGCCAAUGAAUGUGAGACCUUCUUGGGACCCAUGGGCUUUGGUGGUGUUCAGAUCUCUCCCCCGACUGAAAACGCUGUGGUUGGUGACCGCCCGUGGUGGGAACGCUACCAGCCAAUUUCAUACAAUUUCGUAACCCGUUCUGGAGAUGAGGCUGCCCUCGCCGACAUGAUCCGUCGUUGCAACGCUGCCGGUGUAAGGAUUUACCCCGACAUCGUCUUCAACCACAUGACCGGUGGAGGAAGCUUCCUCACUGGAACUGGUGGAAGCACUGCUGAGCCCGACAACAAGCAGUACCCCGGCGUUCCCUACGGCCCCAACGACUUCAACCCAACUUGCACCAUCACUAACUACAACGAUCCCAACAACGUGCGUAACUGCGAACUGGUCGGUCUGAAGGACUUGGCACAGUCCUCUGAAUAUGUCCGCGGAAAAAUCAGAGACAUGUUGAACAGACUGAUCGAUAUGGGAGUCGCUGGCUUCCGCGUUGACGCUGCCAAGCACAUGUGGCCCGGAGACAUGCAAGCUAUCCUGGGUGGUCUUAACAAUCUCAACACAGACCACGGAUUCGCCGCUGGAUCUCGUCCUUUCAUCGUGCAGGAAGUCAUCGAUCUUGGCGGUGAAGGCGUCAGCCACGCCGAGUACCUGAACAUUGGCCGCAUCACCGAGUUCAGAUUCAGUGCUGAAAUCGGCAAGAUGUUCCGCGGAUUGAACCAACUGAAAUAUUUGGUCAACUGGGGUGAGGGCUGGGGCUUCAUGGCCUCCGGCAGCGCUCUCGGCUUCGUCGACAACCACGACAACCAGCGUGGACACGGUGCCGGCGGCGCCGACAUCCUCACCUACAAGGUCUCGAAGCAGUACAAGAUGGCGACUGCCUUCAACCUGGCCCACACCUACGGCACUCCUCGCAUGAUGUCCAGCUUCGCUUUCGACAACACCGACGCUGGUCCUCCCAAGGACGGCUCUGGAAACACGGUCGGCCCUGGCUUCAACGCCGACGGCACCUGCACCAACGGAUGGGUUUGCGAGCACCGCUGGAGGCAGAUGUACAACAUGGUGGGCUUCAGGAAUGCCGUCGCUGGCACCGUCAUCAACGACUGGUGGGACAACGGCAACAACCAGAUUGCUUUCUGCCGUGGAGACAAGGGUUUCAUCGCUUUCAACAACGAGGGCUCUAAUCUCAACACCAACCUCCAGACUUGCCUCUCCGCUGGCACUUACUGUGAUGUGAUCUCCGGAUCCAAGGAAGGUGGCUCUUGCACUGGCAAGUCCGUGACCGUUGGAGGUGACGGCAGAGCCAACAUUGUGAUUAAUAGCGACGAGGAUGAUGGCGUUCUUGCCAUUCAUGUCAACUCGAAGCUGUAGACAUCUGAAAAACGCACCUGGAAUCAAAAUAAAUGUUAAGAAAAAUGGAUGUAUAUAAAUUGUAAAUAUGAAUAACAAAUAAGAGCAAUCGUACAACAA